CAAAAUUUUGCGAUUGUUAGUCAGAUUUAAAUCGAUAUUAUAUUAAUAAGCUUCAACUUGCAUACAAAGUACGCGUCGUUACAUAAUUUGUUGUUGUUAUUUUUUUUUUUCUCAUUCAAACACGCCGAGAAAAUGUUCAAACUCGCGUUUUUCGCCACCCUCCUGGCCAUCGUUCACGGCAGUUAUAUAAACGGAGGAAAUCCUGUUGGCCAAUCGCUGGGCGGUUCUUACGGUUCGAACACUGGACUUCUUCGAGGUUCUGGAUCUCCUUACUCUUCGGCUUACGGUUACGGAGUACCCGGGGUGCCCGGUUACCCCGUUGGUUCAGGACGUUCUUAUUCCUCGCCGGUAUCCACACCGCUCCAAGUUGUAAGACAGGGAUAUUCCGCGUCGCCUUAUUCUUACGGUGGCAGAAAUUUGCCUUCGGGAAUUUCUUAUCCCUCGAUUCCGGGAGCGGUUUCCACUUACGGACAGAAAAACGGUUACUCCGGCGCAUCGGGAAUUCAAUAUCCUACUCAAAAUUUUGCACCCUCAGUUCCUCAGCUGCUGAAAAACGGAUAUCAAGGCUACAACAGCUUCAAUGGCGGAUACAACGGAUACCCUCAACAACUGAAUUAUCCUCAUCAACAACAAAUUUCCUAUCCCCAACAAUCGUCGAUAAAUCAACACGGACAAGGUGCUCCUGGUUACAACGGACUACAGGGAUCUGGUUAUUCAGGAUGGUAAUUUUCGAGCCUCCCGAAAGUACAAUCAAACACCAAUUACCAUGGAUUUUUACGAUGAAAAUUAUUACUUUUACACCGCGAUACAUACAUAUGUAAUAAAUCACGAACCAUAGGAACGAUAAAACCAAAAAAAAAAAAAAUACAAAAUACAAAAUAUGAAACGAAGAAAUAUUUUAUACUCUGCCCCGAUAACGAUGUCACGAAUUAAACGAAAUUUUGGGUCAA